ACGCCUUUUUCCUUCUCUCUCAAAAUUUCAUGUCUUCCGUAGUCGUUUUGCUCUCUUUGUUCUCCGACAGCCUUUCCAGCAAACGGCACCGUUUCUACCUCAAUGGCCCACUCUCCUGCUCUUCCAUGAGCUCCUUCAUGCUCCCAUUCUCAAUAUGACUCAUCAUCAGGUGUUGAUUUUUGGAUCAUUUACAGAAGAUGAGAUCAGAUCCAUGCAAUGCCAGCCACAAAAGAAUGAUGUAGAUAUCACUUUUGGUUCUUUGGAUUCAGAAACAUUAAGAUCUGUGGGCAUUUUCAGUACUAGAGUGACAGAUCUCCUUUCACCUGGAGGAUCUGAGCUGUCAAAGCCAGCUAGUACAAAUGUCUUUAGACUUCCUAGCAUUUCUGAGACCACAUCAGAGGUGGAAGUGGCUUUUGUGAAGGAAAAUGGGUGCAGGAGUAGCACAUGUCCUGGUAAUAGUGGUGCAAAAGAACUGAAGCCAGGCCACAUAGAACGACCUGCAUCUGUAAGUUCUGACAAUGAAUUUUCAAAAUGGUCGACUCUGGAGCAGCCUAGCACCCAUGAUGUGAGUGAAUUAUCUUCCUCCUUAGAAGAUGUUUUCUUGGAUGAUUCUGGCAAUGGCAUUCACCAAGUGGAGUCCCAAGAGAUUAUCUUCAAGGAAUUAAAUGGGCCAAAUGUUACUCCUAGGAACUUCUUGCCUCGAGGUUUAGUAAAUUUGGGGAACCUAUGCUUUCUCAAUGCAACGCUUCAGGCUCUACUAUCUUGUUCACCAUUUUUUGAACUCUUGCACGAGCUAAAAAAUCGCAAUAUACCAGAGAUUGGUUAUCCAACAUUGCGUGCAUUUGUUGAAUUCACCUCUGACUUUGACAUACUCACCGACUCAGUUGGCAAAAGGAAUGAGAAAACUGUUCUUGAAACUGGAAGGCCAUUUCGGCCUGUCAUGUUUGACUCCAUAUUGAAGAGCUUCACUCCAGAUAUUUCUGAUAACUUAUCAGGCAGGCCUAGGCAGGAAGAUGCUCAGGAGUUCUUAAGUUUUAUCAUGCAUCAGAUGCAUGAUGAAUUGCUUAAACUUGAUGGGCAAUUUUCCAAUGGAAAUGGAAAAACUGCAUCUUUGGUCUCUUCAACUGAUGAUGAAAGUGAAGAUGACAACUGGGAGACUGUCGGCCCAAAGAACAAAACUGCUAUUACAAGAACUCAGAGUUUCGUACCAUCAAAGUUGAGUGCCAUUUUUGGAGGCCAAUUAAGAAGUGUUGUGAAGGCAAGAGGUAACAAGGCCUCAGCCACCAUACAACCAUUUCUCUUGCUCCACCUCAAUAUUUGUCCUGAGCCUGUCUGUACAAUAGAAGAUGCACUUCGAUUGUUUUCUGCCCCAGAAACGCUUGAAGGGUAUCGAACUUCAGCAGCUGGAAAGGCUGAGGUGGUGACUGCAAGCAAGUCUGUUAAGAUCCUGGAGCUCUCUGAGAUAAUGGUUUUGCACUUGAUGCGCUUUAGCUAUGGAAGUCAAGGAAGCACUAAACUUCACAAAACUGUGCAUUUUCCUUUAGAGCUUGUUGUUGGUCGUGAAUUGCUUGCCUCUCCGUCCUCUGAGGUUAGAAGGUAUGAGCUUGUCGCUACAAUCACUCAUCAUGGAAGGGACCCUUCAAAGGGCCACUAUACUGCUGAUGCACGCCAUCCAAAUGGCAAGUGGCUGCGUUAUGACGAUGCCUCUGUUACACCCAUCCCUGAAAGCAAGGUGCUCCAUGACCAGGCAUAUGUUCUCUUCUACAAACAAUUGUAGCUAUUAUAAUGUAUUGAGAGUUGUGUUACAUAUUCUUGUAUAUGUACCCUACUAUAUUCACGUUGAGUAUAGAAUCCGGCAUAUUGAUGACAAUAUCCAGUCAAAACAAAAUUCUUGAACUAUUUUCUCAGAAUAGGUCCCUUCCAGUUUCAAACGUUUGAGAAGCAUAUCCUUAAUCUGGAACCAGAUGGUUGCUGUUUGGUGAUGCAAUGAACUAAACUACAGUGAGAAGGCAUUGCCGGCAUAGGAGAAUCAUGCUUUUUCAAAUUGAGGUAAACAAAAAACCCUUGAUUUGGGUUGGGGAUGGCUGUAUGUUGAGCUUUGAUUGAAUUAUGGUUGAGAAGUGUAAAGAGUACUGUUGUUCUUGGUUGUUGCUUCAUGAAUGGAUUUUGACAGUAAUUGGGUUCCAUUUACUGGGAGAAAAUAUAGCAGAUUCAGGAAGCAUU